AUGAAUCUUGGUUCUGGUUCCAAGACUUUCAAGAAAGGAAAGGAGGGGCCUACUUGCAGCCAUUGUGGAUUGCUUGGUCAUACUGUGGAGAAAUGCUACAAAAUUCAUGGAUAUCCUCCUGGAUAUAAGACUAAGGCAAGGGCAAAUCCGGUCUCUUCUCUUGAUUUUGUUCAAGAGUUUGUUGCAACACCAACUCCACAGCAAUUUCCUUUUACAAUGGAGCAAUGUCAGAAAUUGCUUGCCAUGAUUGGAGGAUCUGAUUCUCAUAAUAGUUCAAUUGCUAUGGCUAACAGUGUUUCUUCCAACCAAGCUUCUACUUCUCAAUCAACUAUUUUGGCUGGUAAUCUUAAGCAUUCCAUUUUCUCUGCUAAGCUUGUGAAUAGAUUUGUUUUUGGUGGUAGUACUUGGGUUCUUGACAUAGGUGCAAGUGAUCAUAUUGCUUGUUCUCUUUCACUUUUUCACUCUUAUAUUGCUGUUUCCCAUUGUGUUGUUGAAUUACCUAAUGGUGAAUCUGCUCAUGUUACUCACAUUGGUAUUGUCAAACUGUCCAAUUCACUUACCCUUGAACAUGUUCUUUGUGUUCCUUCUUUUUCAUUUAAUCUUGUGUCUGACCUUUCUUGUUGGAGGACGAUUGGAGUGGGUGAAGUCCAACAUGGUCUGUACUUGCUGCAGAACAACACUUCUAGGACUCCACCUUUUCUGUCAGACUACCUCUCCACCAACAUGCUUCCCAAGUCAGCUUUUUUAGCAUCUGUCUAUGUUUGGGGUCCCUAUUAUGUUUGCACUUAUGAUGGUUUUAGGUUCUUUCUUACCAUUGUUGAUGAUGCCACUAGGUCUACUUGGGCAAUCAGAUCAAAUAAUGCUCCUGAAUUCUCUUUGUCCAACUUUUAUAGUGAUCAUGACAUUGUGCAUCAAAAGAGUUGUAUUUAUACACCUCAGCAAAAUUCUGUGGUUAAGAGAAAACACCAACAUCUUUUGAAUGUUGCUAGAUCUCUUCAGUUUCAAUCCAAUCUGCCCUCAGCAUAUUGGGAGAAUUCUGCUAUUCCCCCUAAUCAAUCUAAUGUCCAUCCUAAUCAAUCUAAUGUUUUCCUUGAUCAUUCCUCACCUUCUGUCCAUACUACACCUCCUGCUGCACCUCCUGCUUCCAUUCCACCUCUUAGAAAAUCAACUAGGAUUUCACAUAGGCCUGCUUAUUUGCAAGCUUAUAAGUGCAAUCAGGUGUCUUAA